CGCGCUGCAUGCAGGGACACAGUUCAUACUCCGGUGCACACACCAACACGCCUGCAGAGUUGAACACGAAACUUUCAACUCCAGGGACGAAAUACACCAAGGAAAUCCUCUCAACUGAACAGGUUACCAAUGGUGCGCCGGUGAGGAUGGCAACCUUUGUGGAGAUAGAUUUCAACGAUCUGGAGUUCUAUGAACGAUGCGGCGGUGGUUCGUACGGAAGUGUGUAUCGGGCGCUGUGGAAGUCUGCCAAACUAGAGGUCGCGGUCAAACGUCUAUUGGUCCUAGAGAAGGAGGUUGAGGUUUUGAGUAGCCUGAGACACAGAAAUGUUGUGCAAUUCUAUGGUGCAGUGACCAAGGAACCCAACUACUGUUUAGUCACAGAAUACGCUGCUCAAGGGUCCCUAUACGCUUACCUUGCUUCCACUGAACUGGGCUUUGAACGAACACUAACAUGGGCUAGAGAUAUCGCUCUCGGGAUCAACUACCUCCACAACGAGGCACCUUUCACAGUAAUCCAUAGGGAUCUGAAGUCCAAAAAUGUGGUGAUCAGUAGUGACAUGACGGUGAAGCUGUGUGAUUUCGGAGCCUCCAGGUUCAUGUCCAGCACUACCAAGAUGUCCUUUGUUGGGACUAUCCCAUGGAUGGCACCAGAGGUCAUUCAGGGGCUUCCUGUAUCUGAAGCUUGUGAUACUUACUCCUUUGGAGUUGUUGUGUGGGAACUGUUGACGGGGGAGGUGCCAUUCAAAGGUGUGGAAGGUUUCCAGGUCGCCUGGCUCGUAGUGGAGAGAAACGAGAGGUUGACUAUCCCCAGUUCCAGUCCACCCAAGCUAGCCACUCUCAUGAACCAGUGCUGGGAAACAGACCCGAAGAAAAGGCCCACUGUAAGAGAGAUCCUAGCAACACUAGAGGGGAUGAUGCACGACAAAAACUUUGCAGAAAUGUCGGAUUCCUUCCAUCAACUGAAGAUGGCAUGGAAAGCUGAGAUCCAGCAGACAGUAGAGAAGCUGAAGAAGAUGGAGCGAGCCCUGAGCAUGAGGGAACAGCAGCUACAGCAGAAGGAGAAGGACCUACACAGGAGGGAACAGAAACUCAGGAGUAGUCUGUCUGUACCGACUAUUACAGCAGACCAUGAUGUUGGUGCCUGGACAGAACAAGAGGUGCACAUAUGGAUGCAACAUUUAGGGAAUGAUUCUGGCCAUCCCAGUGACCUGUCCAAGUAUGCAGACGUGUUCCUACAGAAUAACAUCAACGGUAAGAGGCUGCUGAUGUUGUCUCCAGAGGACCUGAGGGCCAUGGGGAUUCUGUCUCUGGGACAUAGACUGGACCUACAGAAUGAAAUGGAACAACUGAAAAUUGAGAACCACAGACUGCUACACUUUCCACCACUAUCAAAGGACGGAGCUGGGCUGUACCAAGGUGGAUCCUCCCCCGGGGGACAGACGUACGUCACCUUGAACCUCCUCAUCGGGAACCACUGCAGGAUGGGACAAACUCCGGAGGACAGUAAGUGGAAGAUGUAUGUGGAAGUGGACGGUGAUGCAGCUGCCAUGACUGCCAUCAAAAACGUCACCUUCCUACUCAAGUCUCCUCCCAAUGAUGUAAUCAGGAAAGAUCAUCCUCCUUAUGUGAUGGACAACUGGUGUGUUGGCUCAAACUCUCCCAUUCAAGUGGAGUGUUCCAUUUUCUAUGAGGACCAUGUAAAGAAACCCAAGCAGACUAAACACCUGCAUACUGUAGUUCUGGAGAAGGGAGGGGAGACCUAUGAGAAAACUGUGCAGCUGUGCCUGAGACAGCCUGGUGUGCCUGACAGUGGUACCUCUACACCAGCACGUAGCUCUCCUAAACACUUCACAGGUAUGUAGUUUGUAUAGCUCUACACCAGCACGUAGCUCUCCUAAACACUUCACAGGUAUGUAGUUUGUAUAGCUCUACACCAGCACGUAGCUCUCCUAAACACUUCACAGGUAUGUAGUUUGUAUAGCUCUACACCAGCACGUAGCUCUCCUAAACACUUCACAGGUAUGUAGUUUGUAUAGCUCUACACCAGUACGCAGCUCUCCUAAACACUUCACAGGUAUGUAGUUUGUAUAGCUCUACACCAGCACGCAGCUCUCCUAAACACUUCACAGGUAUGUAGUUUGUAUAGCUCUACACCAGCACGCAGCUCUCCUAAACACUUCACAGGUAUGUAGUUUGUAUAGCUCUACACCAGCACGCAGCUCUCCUAAACACUUCACAGGUAUGUAGUUUGUAUAGCUCUACACCAGCACGUAGCUCUCCUAAACACUUCACAGAAGAACAGGUGACACUGUUCCCACAGAACUCAGUGGUCACCACCAUGGGCAGUGGUGCAGGCUGGUCAUCACCGCAGAGUGCCGGAGCCACUGGGUGGACAUCACCACAGGGGGUCUGGGCUACCAGACAGGCACCAG